UUUCGACUAACAGCUAAUAGACACACAGCACUCCCGAAUUUGUAGAGUUUCUACACCUCAAAACACCAUAUACACUCUAUAAUCUCUCUCUACAUUUUGAACGAUCGAAGCCUAAACUGUUGGUUGUGACUUGUGACUUGUGUGAAUGCAAAAGCCGAAGGAGAGAAAGAAGAGAGAAGAGGGAGGAAAGGAGAGAGAGGGGAGUCUCGGUUGCCUCGAAUUCUAGGUUUUUGAUAGAUUCGGACGAUGUCGACCAGCUUCAGCUCCUCGCGGAGUCCCGGCAGUGCGAGGUUGCAGCUAGGGGCGGUGUCGAGACUUCGAUCUUCGUCGCUGCGGAAGCCGCCAGAGCCGCUGAGGCGUGCUGUCGCCGAUUGUCUGUCUGUUGCGGCGUCGGCCGCGCUCCACGGGACCCCCUCCGCGGCUGCGUCCGAGGCCUCGCGGACUCUUCGGGAUUAUCUGGCAAACACUACUACAACUGACCAGGCUUAUAUUGUGAUUUUAGAACAUACACUUGCAGAAAGGGAGCGCAGCCCAGCGGUAGUUGCAAGGUGUGUGGCACUUUUGAAGCGGUACCUUCUAAGAUAUAGGCCCAGUGAGGAGACACUACAGCAGAUAGAUCGAUUUUGCAUAAGCACCAUUGCUGAUUGUGAUAUUAGCCCAAAUCGGAGAUCGUCGCCAUGGUCUCGAUCUUUAAGUCAACAAUCUGGGGCAUCAACUUCAUCUACAACUAUCUCUCCCUCUUUACCUGUAUCUACUUUUGCAUCAGGAACACUUGUAAAGUCAUUGAAUUAUAUUCGCUCCCUUGUGGCUCGACAUAUUCCAAAACGGUCAUUCCAACCAGCAGCCUUUGCUGGAGCUGCCUCUGCAUCAAGACAGUCACUUCCAUCGUUAUCUUCUUUAUUGAGUAGAUCAUUCAAUUCCCAAUUGAACCCCACUAAUAGUGGGGAAUCUUCAGAGAACAAUGAUGCUUCCACUCUAUCUGUUUCAAACUUUUCAAAUGUUGAAAAAGUUGAUGGAGGAGAAGAUGUUGAGUACAUUGCACUGGAUGUUCUGCAGUGGCGGUGGCCUGGGGAACAACAAUCAUCAAUGGUUUCAUCUGACAGUGACCGUGUUGUGAAUCCCCAAGACAUGGGUACACAUAGCUUUCUUGAAGUUGGUGCAGCAGCUCUCCUUGUAGGUGACAUGGAAGCUAAAAUGAAGGGCCAGCCUUGGAGCCAUUUUAGAACUGCUGAGAUGCCUCAUGUUGAUCAACUGUUGCAGCCCUCAUCAGUCACAACAGCCACUAAUUCUGUGUCCGCUCGUCCCCACUUGAAAGCGAUAACAUCAUCCAAACGCUCUAAACCAGGAUCUUAUCAAAUUUGGGAGGAUUCUCCUGUGAGUACAUUCCGCCCACUUGCACGGAAACUCUUCCAAUAUCGUCACUACAGUGAACAACAACCUUUGCGAUUGAAUCCUGUGGAGGUGCGUGAAGUCAUUGCUGCAGUUUGCUCAGACACAGCUUCACCAAAUACUAACCUCAUGACGAUGUCAUCUAGAUUAAGUAACAACAGAGGAAAGCCAUCAAUGGAUGUGGCUGUGAGCGUCCUAAUUAAACUUGUUAUUGACAUGUAUGUUUUGGAUUCUGGGACUGCUGCUCCUCUCACUCUAUCCAUGCUUGAGGAGAUGAUCAGUUCUCCCACAUUAGCUUCUAGGGUUCGUGCUUUUGAUUUAAUUUUAAAUCUUGGGGUUCAUGCUCAUUUAUUGGAGCCAAUGGUAGCCGAUGAUGCCACCACAAUUGAAGAAGAUUAUUCUCAUGAAUCAUAUUUCAACAAUGAAGCGCAACUUGUCACACAAGAGAAGAGAAGAACAGAUUCUCUAAAGAAGAUGGGAGCUUCCUCUGCAAUAGAUAAAUUUGAAUCUUGGAUUUUAAGCAUUCUAUAUGAGAUUCUCCUUCUUCUUGUUCAGAUAGAAGAGAAGGAGGAGUCUGUUUGGGCAUCUGCUCUGAGCUGUCUGCUUUAUUUUGUUUGUGAUAGAGGCAAAAUCUGCAGGAACCGAUUAAAAUGUCUUGACAUAAGGGUUAUUCAGGCGCUUUUGAAGGUUAGCAGGAGGAAUUCAUGGGCAGAAGUAGUUCAUUCUAAGCUUAUUUGCAUGUUAUCAAACAUGUUUUAUCAAGUUCCUGAUGAGCCUAACAAAACUGUUUCAAGUACUCCAAUGUUUCUUGUGGACCAGGUUGAUCUUAUUGGAGGAAUUGAAUUUAUUUUCCUUGAGUACUCGCUUGCCAACUCAAGGGAAGAGAGAAGAAAUCUAUAUCUGGUGCUUUUUGACUAUGUUUUGCAUCAAAUUAAUGAAACAUGCAUAGCUACCAGUGUCUCUGAAUAUACUGAUGAUGAGAUUCAACCCCUUGCCACCCUACUCACUCUUGCGGAUGCACCUGAAGCCUUUUAUAUCUCUGUUAAGCUUGGGGUGGAAGGCAUUGGGGAGAUACUGAAAAGAUCGAUUUCUACUGCCUUGACUAGAUAUCCAAACAGCGAACGGCUAAAUGUGCUUUUGGAGAAGAUUACGGAGAAAUUUGAUUCAAUUAUAAGUUCAUUCACUCAUUUAGACAAAGAGUUCACCCAUAUGAUACAGAUAACCAAAUCUUACCAGUUUUUGGAUGGCAUUGAGAGUGGAGUUCUUGGUCACAGUGUUGGCAUGAAAGCAAAGCUCUCAUGGGCCACUUUACAUUCUCUUCUUCAUUCGGAUAGAAUUGCUUACCGGCACAAUGGGUACACUUGGUUGGGUGAUUUGCUAAUUGCAGAAACUAGUGAGGAAAGGAAUGCCAGUGUAUGGUCAACUAUAAGAAACCUGCAGCGGCAAAUUGCUCUUGCUGGUGUUCAUGAUUCUUCGAUUUCUUCAAAACUCCCUUUAUCCAUCUCACUUAUGUGUGGGCUUCUGAAGUCAAGACACAACAUCAUCAGGUGGGGCUUCCUAUUUGUUCUGGAGAGACUUCUCAUGCGAUGCAAGUUUUUGUUAGAUGAGAAUGAACAACACUCAAGCAGCAGUGAAGUUGGACAAAUACAUGAAGAUAGCCGUCUUGAGAAAGCAAAUGUGGUGAUAGAUAUUAUGAGCAGUGCAUUGUCCUUGGUGGCUCAGAAAGAAACAGAUCGCAUCAAUAUUUUAAAGAUGUGUGACAUUCUCUUUUCACAAUUGUGCCUGAAAGUUCUUCCUGCAACAGCAACUCCCAUCUCAGAUAAUAAACACCAUGGUCUAAUUUUUGGAAGCUCAGGGGAGAAUAAAAAGGUUGAUACUAGUGAAUGUAUCUCUCAAGAAGUGAAUUGCCGCUGGGAUGAGUUCAUGGAUGGAUUUGAUAGCAGAUUUGGCUACAAUAGUAGUACUUCUCGGAUUUGUGAGACAGCAUCUAUAGGAGCAUUGCUUUUGCGAGGACAGGCUGUAGUUCCAAUGCAAUUAGUAGCACGUGUACCUGCUCCAUUAUUUUACUGGCCAUUAAUUCAACUUGCUAGUGCAGCUACUGAUGAUAUUGCUCUGGGUGUUGCUGUUGGAAGCAAAGGAAGAGGAAACCUACCUGGCGCCACAUCAGACAUCCGGGCCAGCCUUCUUUUACUCUUAAUAGGUAAAUGUACUGCAGAUCCUGCUGCUUUCCAAGAAGUUGGUGGAGAAGAGUUUUUUAGGGAACUUUUAGAAGAUGCUGAUUCAAGGGUAGCAUAUUACUCGUCAGCUUUUCUUUUGAAGAGAAUGAUGACAGAAGAACCUGAGAAAUAUCAACGAAUGCUUCAGAAUCUCAUUUUUAGAGCUCAGCAGAGCAACAAUGAAAAGCUGUUAGAGAAUCCAUACCUUCAGAUGCGUGGCAUAAUUCAGCUGUCAAAUGAUCUUGGGACUGGGUUAUAAUCUGAUGUUUUUUUGGAAAUAUACUUUGCUUGACUUGGAGAAGCUGCAUGCUAAGUGAGUUGGUGUUUCAUCACUCCUGGUGCGUAUGAUGUUUCAGCACCUGGCAUUAGCUGGUUGAAGUUUGCAACACCCAUAAUUAAAGGAUGCAUUACUUUUUAAGCAUGCAUAAAAUAUUUGGGAUUUGAUUUACUGAAGUACUUCAAUCUGGCUGGAAUAUUGCAAAGCUAAGCAUAUGAGAUGAACUAAGAUACUGGGUGACUGAUGGCUAAUUGAGUACCAUAGAUGCUUCAACAGCAGCCAUAAAUCCUGUGGAUUUUUUCCCUGGGAUUCUUAGAAAAUGGUGAACCAAUUUAUUGUCCAAUUCCCAUAUCUCAAUCUCCAAAUUGUACAUCAAUAUGAUGGAUUGAUGAGAGAUUCUUUCAUACAAUGAAAUUUAUGAAGUUCUAUAUUCAGCAGAAAGUUUGGGACUGGAGGCUUCUCAUUGAAGUUUAGCCAGGGGAUGAGAUGUCUAGUAACUUUUCCAAGUAGCUUGAUUCUUUAAUUUAUUCAACUUAUAAGCAGUUGCUGGAUGUUUCAGAUCAGGGAAUUGAAGAUUCUUCAGUUAUUGGUGUGCACUAUUUCAUCAGAAGACUACUCGGGCAACUCUGGGGGAAUCCUUUCUUUGUACAGGAUCAAAUACCUCGUGGCCAUGUUUUUAAGUAGUUCCUGAGGAUGACAUUGUACUCGUUUUUUAAAAGAGGCAUUAAUGGAUAAUAAAAUUUCAAGCUUGUUAAUUUGUAGAGGUUGGUCUUCUUGAUAAUGAUGAGACAAGACUCAAGAUCCUGUAUAUUUAGUUGAUAGGCCAUAAAGGGUGCUAAAGGGUAGGUUGGAUCACAAGGGCUCUUCUGACUACAUUUUGAGGGGCUUCAGCAAAGGGUGUCUGUUAUUAGGGACAUCACCAAAGUGUGCCUGGUAUGUUUUUUUGAUCCAUUGUUCAUUAUUUAUUUUAACCUUGUAAAUGUGUGAUUUUUGUCUCCCCCACCUGCGGUUGUUGUAAAAUGGCUGUUGAGAAGUUUGCUUCCUGUACGACUUUUUAAGUGCUUAAUUCAUGAUAGAAAAAUUUUGGUUCUUA